AGAAACAAAGGGAGGGGGAAGACACAGAGACAGGAGCGAGAGACAGGGGGUGAGACAGACAAGUAGGAGGGGAGAGAGUGGGCCAGCCAUAGAGAGGUGGGAGAGGGCCAUUUAGAGAAAUUAUCAUCGACAGAGCACAGAGAGAACAGGCCCUCAGGAGCACCAGGCUCCCCCCCUCCUCCCCCCCACCCCCUUUCUUCACCAUGAAUCAGACUAUGCGGAUCAAGAUAACCGAGCUGAACCCGCACUUGAUGUGUGCUCUGUGUGGUGGUUACUUCAUAGAUGCGGCUACCAUUGUGGAGUGUCUGCACUCAUUUUGCAAGACUUGUAUCCUGCGCUAUCUGGAAGCUCACAAGUUCUGCCCCAUGUGUGACUCACAAGUGCACAAAGGACGCCCACUUCUGAGUAUCAGAUCGGACAAGAUACUGCAGGAUAUUGUAUACAAACUGGUCCCAGGACUUUUUCGAGAUGAGAUGAAACGACGGAGGGAUUUCUAUGCUUCGUACAUACAAUCAGAAGCUGCUGACGGCUCUAGUGCAGAGCAAGGGGAGAAAGCUGCAGACUCUGGGGAGACUCCUGUAAAGGAGGAGGAGAAUAUCAGUCUGUCCAUCCAGUUUUCUGAGGAUGCCAGGGAUGAAACCCUGGAUUCGGUGGAAAGCGAGGAUGUGGAGAAGAGGAAUAGUCUUCGAUUCCUACGCUGUCCAGCAGCUAUGACCAUCACACACCUUGCCAAAUUCUUAAGAAACAAGAUGGAUGUUCCCAACAAGUACAAGGUGGAGAUUCUGUAUGAGGAGGAGCCACUGAAAGAUUAUUACACACUUAUGGAUAUUGCUUACAUAUACCCUUGGGGGAGGACUGGGCCUCUUCCACUCAAAUACCGGGUGCAGCCAACUUGCAAAAGACUGAGGUUCAGUCGCCCUCGGAAUACUCAAGACUCUAACCGUGGGGCAACAUCAGAGGGGGAGUCAGCAAGCGACAAAGCCAGCAGUCCAGCACCCAUUCCUUCCACUUCCUCGUCCCUUCCAAGCCCAGCUACCCCAUCCCAGGGCUCUCCGAACCCAAACACGGAGCUGCCCCCAGCAUCAGGCCUUCACAAUGGCCACAACCCUAACCGGGGGUGCAAAGUUACAGUCAAUGGAGCGCCUGGACCCCCUCUCACUUGAGGCUGUGCCCAGUUGUGGUCUUUUAUAAAUAUGUACAUAGACAGAAUGACUUUCUUAUUUUCUAUGGACUGAAACAGAGUAAUUUAAUCCAGACCUCCCUGACCCAACCAGAUAUCCUUUUUGUAAUGUUUCUGCUAAUUUAUAAAGGCAACCAUAUCAAGAGUUUGUAUUUAUCACAACAGCAUUCCUGUCUAGACAGUGGGAAACUACUGAUUCACCUGCCAUCCUGUUGCAAAAUGUCUGUGAGUAGAGGAACAGGCAAGGCCUUACAUCUAUCCAUAUGAAGCCCCCUACACAAUAUUACUGGGGCCUUUACUGCACAAAACACCCUCAGCUAUGGUUGUCAUGUUAUCUACAAGAUAGUGCAGCCAUACUGCACAGCGGUGUCCUCUAGUCACACUAGUGUUGUCACUCAGGAACAAAUUGUUCUUAUAGUGUGGGUGGGAUUUGGGGUGUUUGGUUGUCUCUUUCUGUGUAUAUUAAUAAAGUCAUACAAAGUGUUUCUUAAUUAAA